AUGGAGAACAGUCACCCCCCCCACCACCACCACCAGCAGCCCCCGCCACAGCCCGGCCCUUCGGGCGAGAGGAGGAACCACCAUUGGAGAAGUUACAAGUUGAUGAUUGACCCAGCUCUGAAAAAGGGGCAUCAUAAACUGUACCGCUACGAUGGGCAGCAUUUCAGUCUGGCGAUGUCCAGCAACCGCCCGGUGGAAAUUGUCGAAGAUCCGCGGGUCGUCGGGAUCUGGACCAAAAACAAGGAGCUGGAGCUGUCGGUGCCCAAAUUCAAGAUCGAUGAGUUCUAUGUGGGCCCAGUGCCUCCAAAGCAGGUGACAUUUGCCAAGCUGAAUGAUAACAUCCGCGAAAACUUCCUGAGGGACAUGUGCAAGAAGUAUGGGGAGGUGGAGGAGGUGGAGAUUUUGUACAACCCCAAGACCAAGAAGCACCUGGGCAUUGCCAAGGUGGUCUUCGCCACGGUCAGGGGAGCCAAGGAAGCCGUCCAGCACUUGCACAGCACUUCCGUUAUGGGUAACAUCAUCCACGUGGAGCUGGACACCAAAGGGGAAACUCGAAUGCGCUUCUACGAACUGUUGGUCACUGGUCGAUACACCCCCCAGACCCUCCCAGUGGGUGAGCUGGAUGCUGUUUCUCCAAUAGUGAAUGAGACCCUACAGCUGUCAGAUGCCCUGAAGCGCCUCAAGGAUGGCAGCCUGUCUGCAGGCUGUGGCUCUGGCUCCUCCUCUGUCACCCCCAAUAGUGGUGGGACACCGUUCUCCCAGGACACGGCUUACUCCAGCUGCCGCCUGGACACACCGAACUCCUACGGACAGGGCACCCCACUCACACCACGCCUGGGCACCCCCUUCUCACAGGACUCCAGCUACUCUAGCCGACAGCCCACGCCCUCCUACCUCUUUAGCCAGGACCCCACGGCAACCUUCAAGACUCGGCGGCAUGAGAGCAAGUUCACGGACGCCUACAACCGCCGCCAUGAGCACCACUAUGUCCACAACUCUGCAGCUGCAGCAGUGCCAGCGGCCACAGCCACCUUCCGCAGCUCCUCAGACCUCCCAUUUGGAACAGCUGGCAGCAGUGGGGGCAGCAGUGGCCCUCCCUUCAAGUCUCAACCACAGGAUUCGGCCACAUUUGCCCACACUCCACCACCUGCCCAAGCAGCCCCUGCUCCCGGAUUCAAGUCCGCUUUCUCUCCAUACCAGACCCCAGUACCCCCCUUUCCUCCACCCCCAGAGGAGCCAACUGCCACAGCCACCUUUGGGGCUCGUGACAGCGGGGAGUUCCGGAGGGCGCCUGCACCCCCACCCCUGCCACCCACUGAGCCCUUGGCCAAGGAGAAGCCCGGAACGCCCCCUGGCCCGCCACCCCCUGACACCAACAGCAUGGAGCUGGGUGGCCGGCCCACCUUUGGCUGGAGUCCUGAACCCUGUGACAGCCCAGGUACACCUACAUUGGAGUCCUCGCCUGCAGGGCCAGAGAAGCCCCACGACAGCCUGGAUUCACGUAUUGAAAUGCUGCUUAAGGAGCAGCGCACCAAGCUACCCUUCCUACGGGAGCAGGACUCGGACACCGAGCUGCAAAUGGAAGGGAGCCCCAUCUCCUCCUCUUCCUCCCAGCUCUCCCCACUUGCCCCCUUUGGCACCAAUUCCCAGCCUGGCUUCCGUGGUCCCUCGCCACCCUCCUCACGCCCCUCCAGCACAGGCCUGGAGGACAUCAGUCCAACGCCACUGCCUGACUCUGACGAGGACGAUGAGCUGGACCUGUGCCUGGGGCCUCGGCCCCCACCUGAGCCAGGUCCCCCGGAUCCUAUCAGUCUUCUAGGCCAGGCAACUGAUGUGGCCUUGGACCUGGCUGGAGACAGGACCCCAACCUCAGAGAAGAUGGAUGAGGGCCACCAGUCCUCAGGCGAGGACAUGGAGAUCUCGGAUGAUGAGAUGCCCUCAGCUCCCAUCACCAGCGCCGACUGCCCCAAGCCCAUGGUGGUGACCCCAGGGUCAGGGGCAGCCCCUAAUGUGUUGGCGCCAACUCUGCCCCUACCCCCACCACCCGGCUUCCCACCGCUGCCCCCGCCCCCGCCUCCACCCCCACCCCAGCCUGGCUUCCCCAUGCCCCCACCUUUGCCCCCACCACCGCCCCCACCCCCACCAUCCCACCCUGCUGUGACAGUGCCCCCACCACCCCUGCCAGCACCACCUGGCGUCCCACCUCCACCCAUCCUGCCACCAUUGCCACCCUUCCCGCCAGGACUAUUUCCCGUGAUGCAGGUGGACAUGAGCCACGUGCUGGGCGGCCAGUGGGGUGGCAUGCCCAUGUCCUUCCAGAUGCAAACACAGAUGCUAAGCCGGCUAAUGACAGGCCAGGGCGCUUGCCCAUACCCACCCUUCAUGGCUGCCGCAGCUGCGGCCGCUUCAGCUGGGCUGCAGUUUGUCAACCUACCGCCCUACCGGGGCCCCUUCUCCUUGAGCAACAGUGGCCCAAGCCGUGGGCAACCCUGGCCACCUUUGCCCAAGUUUGACCCCUCAGUGCCGCCACCAGGCUAUGUGCCACGUCAGGAGGACCCACACAAGGCCACAGUAGAUGGCGUCCUGCUGGUAGUGCUCAAGGAGCUCAAGGCCAUCAUGAAGCGUGACCUGAACCGCAAGAUGGUGGAGGUGGUGGCCUUCCGUGCCUUCGAUGAGUGGUGGGACAAGAAGGAGCGGAUGGCCAAGGCAUCACUGACCCCUGUAAAGUCAGGCGAGCACAAGGAUGAAGACAGGCCAAAGCCCAAGGACCGCAUUGCCUCCUGCCUGCUGGAGUCAUGGGGCAAGGGCGAGGGUUUGGGCUAUGAAGGGCUGGGCUUGGGCAUCGGCCUGCGUGGGGCCAUCCGCCUGCCCUCCUUCAAGGUCAAGAGGAAGGAGCCACCAGACACGGCUUCUUCUGGUGACCAAAAACGUCUGCGGCCUUCAACAUCUGUGGAUGAGGAAGACGAAGAGUCUGAGCGGGAGCGGGACCGGGACAUGGCAGACGCCCCCUGCGAGCUUGCCAAGCGGGACUCCAAGGGCGUGGGCGUGCGACGGAGGCCUGCUCGGCCCCUAGAACUGGACAGUGGGGGAGAAGAAGAUGAGAAGGAGUCCUUAUCUGUGUCUUCGUCCUCGUCAUCCUCAUCCUCGGGAUCCUCCACCACCUCACCUUCAUCCUCAGCCUCAGACAAAGAGGAGGAGCGUGAAAGCACUGAAGAGGAAGAAGCAGAGGAAGAGGAGGAGGAGGAAGAGGAGGAAGGCCCCAGGAGUCAGGUCUCCUCCUCCUCGACCUCGUCCACAUCAGAUAAGGAUGACGAUGAAGACAGUGAUGAGCAGGAUGAGUCUGAGAACGAUGGCCAAGACGCAGUCUUAUCAGGGGCGAGUGAGAAAGAUGACGGAGAGUCAGAUGGAGAAGAGACAGUGAGCAUCGCCACCUCCAAGGCUGUGGCCGAGUCAUCCAGUGAGAGUUCUGAGUCUUCUGAGUUUGAGUCAAGCUCUGAGUCGGAAUCUGAGUCCUCAUCCUCAGAGGAUGAAGAUGAGAUGGCAGCAGAAGAAGAGGAGGAAGAGGAGGAGGAGGAAGAAGAGGCAGUGGCAGCAGUGACAGAUGAGAGCAUGCCUCCUGCAGGCGCCAAGGACCUUGAGCAAGAUGAUGCAGAAGUGCCUCUGGCCCCAGGGGCACCUGCAGUUGAGUCCUUGGGCACAGAGGAGGAGGUAGACAUUGAAGUUGAGGAGGAAGCCCCUGAGGAGCAAACCUCCAUCCUGGAAGAACCCCCUUUGCCUGUGGGUGUUGAAGAGCUAGAGGGGUGCAAGGAGCCCCCUGAAGAGCCAAGCCCGAGCCAGGAAGGGGCCAUGAUGCUGUCUCCAGAACCCCCUGCCAGGGAGACAGAAGCUCAGCCCCCAUCAUCCCCUGAACAUGUUCCAGAGGAAGACCUGGAAGAGGAGCCCGAACCCCCUCCGAUGCUCUCCUUGCCUCUGCAGCCACCAUUGCCACCACCCCGGCCACCCCGGCCACCCAGCCCACCACCCGAGCCUGAGACCUCGGAGCCUCCCCCUGAAGACCAGCCCCCACGUACUCCAGGCCUCUGUGGCAGCCUGGCCAAGUCGCAGAGCACAGAGACAGUGCCGGCUACCCCAGGUGGGGAGCCUCCACUAUCAGGAGGCAGCAGUGGCCUAUCACUGAGCUCCCCACAGGUGCCCGGCAGCCCCUUCUCCUACCCAUCCCAGUCCCCUGGCUUGAGCAGCGGGGGCCUCCCUCGGACACCUGGCCGGGACUUCAGCUUCACACCCACCUUCCCUGAGCCCAGUGGACCCCUGCUUCUACCUGUCUGUCCCCUCCCGGCUGGUAGGCGUGAUGAACGCUCUGGCCUGGCCUCCCCUGUGCUCCUGGAGACGGGCCUACCUCUCCCACUGCCCCUACCCCUGCCCCUGCCCCUGGCAUUGCCUGUCCCUGUCCUGAGGGCCCAGGCUCGGGCACCUGCCCAACUGCCACCCCUGCUGCCUGCACCCCUGGCUCCCUGCCCACCCCCCAUCAAGAGAAAGCCGGGCCGGCCCCGGCGAUCCCCUCCAUCUAUGCUGUCCUUGGAUGGGCCCUUGGUCCGGCCACCAGCAGGGGCUGCCCUUGGGAGGGACCUCCUGCUUCUGCCAGGCCAGCCACAGACCCCCAUCUUCCCCAGCACCCAUGAUCCCCGGGCUGUUACCCUGGACUUCCGGAACACAGGGAUCCCAGCCCCCCCACCGCCCCUCCCACCCCAACCCCCUCCACCCCCACCUCCACCACCUGUUGAGCCUACCAAGCUGCCCUUUAAGGAACUGGACAACCAGUGGCCCUCUGAGGCCAUUCCCCCAGGCCCUCGUGGGCGCGAUGAUGUCACCGAGGAAUACAUGGAGCUGGCCAAGGCACGGGGGCCAUGGCGCCGGCCACCUAAGAAGCGCCAUGAGGACUUGGUGGCCACCUCGGCCUCUCCUGAGCUCUCACCACCCCAGCCCCUUUUCCGGCCCCGCUCGGAAUUUGAAGAAAUGACCAUCCUGUAUGACAUCUGGAAUGGUGGCAUCGAUGAGGAGGACAUUCGCUUCCUGUGUGUCACCUAUGAGCGGCUGCUGCAGCAGGAUAACGGCAUGGACUGGCUCAACGACACACUCUGGGUCUACCAUCCCUCCACCAGCCUCUCUUCAGCUAAAAAAAAGAAACGGGAUGAUGGCAUCCGUGAGCAUGUGACAGGCUGUGCUCGCAGUGAGGGCUUCUACACCAUCGACAAGAAGGACAAGCUCAGAUACCUCAACAGCAGCCGCACCAGCACCGACGAGCCCCCCGCGGACACCCAGGGCAUGAGCAUCCCGGCACAGCCCCAUGCUUCUACUCGGGCAGGCUCCGAGCGGCGUUCAGAGCAGCGCCGCCUGUUAUCCUCCUUUACUGGCAGCUGUGACAGUGACCUACUCAAGUUUAACCAGCUCAAGUUCCGGAAGAAAAAGCUCAAAUUCUGUAAGAGCCACAUUCAUGACUGGGGCCUGUUCGCCAUGGAGCCCAUCGCAGCUGAUGAGAUGGUCAUCGAGUACGUGGGCCAGAACAUCCGCCAGGUGAUCGCAGAUAUGAGGGAGAAGCGAUACGAGGAUGAGGGCAUCGGUAGCAGCUACAUGUUCCGAGUGGACCAUGAUACCAUCAUUGACGCCACCAAGUGUGGCAACUUCGCUCGCUUCAUUAACCACAGCUGCAACCCCAACUGCUACGCCAAGGUGAUCACAGUGGAGUCGCAGAAAAAGAUUGUCAUCUACUCGAAGCAGCACAUCAAUGUCAAUGAGGAGAUCACAUAUGACUACAAGUUCCCCAUUGAGGACGUCAAGAUCCCUUGCCUCUGCGGCUCGGAGAACUGCCGGGGGACCCUCAACUAGGCCCCUGUGUGCCAAAUGCGAAGGAUGUCAGCUGCCCAGGGCUCCUGAGAACCUGCGCCCCGGGCCAGGCCCCACUUCCCGCCCAUUUCAGGUGCUGUCCCUCGCCCCAGCGGCCAACACUACCCCAGGACCCGCCCGCAGCUCCAGCCCCGCAGCGGGAAAGGGCUUCUCUGUCUCUCUCCACCUGUGUCUCUUUCAGUUAAAAAAUGCUCCUUUCAGGACUUUUGUUCAACUUGGACAUUAACUUCUCUGUCUUUGUGUCUCUCUCUGUGUGUCUGUAAUUCUCCAUCUCUGUCUCCUCUCUCCAUCUUCCUGGCUUUUCUCUUGCCUGUCUCCAUCCUCAGCUUCUUCCCGUGGAUGCUACUACAGUGUUUUGUCGUCUUGAUUUUCUUCCUUGUCCUAAGAAGAGACAUUUUAACCGUUGAAAUGUGAAGGCAGAAUCAGAGGGGGACACCUGGUAGGCUGCUGAGACCGCAUGUGAGCAGGGUGUCAGCCCAGGUUCCGGGACCCUCCACACGGACUCGGGGGCUAGGUGCUGCAGGAGGGGCUGGGCCAGUGGCCUGGACCUCAGAACACUAAGUACCUGAAAGGCCUCCGAGGAGACCCCAAUCCUUUCCCCAGUGACCGAGGGUGCCAUUCUCCAGGCAGGCCCUGGGGAAGCCAAGCUUGGCUUCCUCUCUGGGCGCUCCCCUCCACCCCCCACCCACCACCCCCAAAUCCUUGGGUUCAAUGUUUACUUUCUCAUUCGGAUGCCAGCAAUGAGGGAGCCUCCUGGGGCCCCCAGUGCGGUAGGGCGCUGGGAAGGGUAUCUGUGCUCUCUGCUGCCCUGCCUCACCUGGGCGUGAGGGGGGCUCCCAGGGCAGGCGGGUCCCCCAACUCCGCCAUUACGGGUUGUCUGACCGUAUGCAUGUGGCAUUUUCUGUUGUUGUUGAUAAGCUUCACCCGCUCGCCUCAGCCCACACCACUUCACCCAGCCAGGGGCCCCACCCCAGAGGCCAGAGCAUACUUAUUUCUGGAGUGAGCAGGUUAUUUCUCCCCGAGAAAGGAAAAUCUUGAAAGAGAUUUAAAAACUCAGAUCUAAAUCUUUUGACAUUUUUUUUUUUUCUUUAAACCUUUUUCCCCAUUCCCAUCUCUUCAGGGUUUAUUUCCAUGGAUUUUUUUUUCUUGUGUGUGUAUAAAAUCAAAUCGAAGGGAAAAAAUAGAUUUUUGAUGUUUAGAACCAACUUCUGUAUAUAGACUGCCAUAAAGGACUUUUUCUCGGGAACAUUGUUUCUUGUAGAAACAUGUGGGAAGCCUUUUUGCUCAUUUCUUUGUACUUCUAAAAAAAAAAAAAA